ACUUCCUGGUUGAAGAUGGCGGAUGAGAAUGAGAGAGCACCGUUGCCGGAGAAAGAAGAUGUAGAGGACCACGGACACUGCAGCGACUGUGAAAACGAAGAGCACCACUCUGACGAUGGUGACAGGGGUCUGGGUGACGACACUGGUGCUAAGAAGAAGAAAAAGAAGCAGAAAAAGAAGAAGAAAUCUGGUGCCACAGAAGCUGCUCAGGACCCUCUUGCCAAGGUGAAUUCAUUGCCAGCUGAUAAGCUACAGGAGAUCCAAAAGGCCAUUGAACUAUUCUCUGUAGGCCAAGGCCCUGCCAAAACCAUGGAGGAGGCAACUCGGAGGAGUUACCAGUUCUGGGACACCCAGCCUGUGCCCAAGCUAGGGGAGACCGUGACAUCACACGGCUCCAUUGAGCCGGACAAAGACAAUAUUCGUGAGGAGCCCUACAGCCUCCCGCAGGGCUUCAGCUGGGACACUCUCGACCUGGGGAACGCUGCUGUGCUCAAGGAGCUUUAUACCCUUCUCAACGAGAAUUAUGUUGAAGAUGAUGACAACAUGUUCCGAUUUGACUACUCCCCCGAGUUCCUCCUCUGGGCCCUGCGGCCCCCCGGCUGGUUGCCCCAGUGGCAUUGUGGGGUGAGGGUGAACUCCAACCAGAAGCUGGUCGGCUUCAUCAGCGCCAUUCCUGCUUCCAUCUUCAUCUAUGACAUAGAAAAGAAAAUGGUCGAGAUCAAUUUCCUGUGUGUCCACAAGAAGCUUCGCUCCAAACGAGUUGCUCCGGUUCUCAUAAGAGAAAUCACCAGACGGGUCAACCUGCAGGGCAUCUUCCAGGCCGUUUACACUGCCGGAGUGGUACUGCCCAAACCUGUGGGCACAUGCAGGUACUGGCAUCGCUCUUUGAACCCACGCAAACUAAUCGAGGUGAAGUUCUCCCACCUGAGCCGGAACAUGACAAUGCAGCGCACCAUGAAGUUGUACCGUCUGCCCGACACUCCAAAGACUUCAGGUCUGCGGACGAUGACCAAGAAGGAUAUCCCACUUGUCCAUCGCCUGCUCCGGGAGUACCUGAGGCAGUUCAACCUGGUGCCCGCCAUGAACCAGGAAGAGGUAGAACACUGGCUGCUACCCCGAGAGAAUAUCAUCGACACUUUCCUGAUGGAGAACGAUGGCAAGGUAACGGAUUUCCUGAGUUUCUACACACUGCCCUCUACCAUUAUGAACCACCCUCUGCACCGCAGUCUAAAAGCAGCGUACUCCUUCUACAACGUGCACACCACCAUCCCUCUGCUCGACCUGAUGUCUGACGCCCUCAUCCUAGCCAAAUCGAAAGGGUUUGAUGUCUUCAAUGCACUGGAUCUAAUGGAAAACAAGACUUUCUUGGAGAAGCUUAAGUUCGGCAUCGGUGAUGGAAAUUUACAGUAUUAUCUGUACAAUUGGAAGUGUCCCAGCAUGGGCUCCGAAAAGGUUGGGUUGGUACUGCAGUGACGUCCCUUUACACCUUGAACAAGUGUCACCAAUCGGCCAGGAGACGACACCAUCGCACUGGCCACCUGACAGAUGGACUGAUGACUUCCUGCUUCAGGAAAGGAAAACCCACUGCCCAUUUUUACUUUUUGACUUUUUGAACUUUGACCUGCACUGCCGCUGCCAGGCAGGGAGGCAGGGAGAGCCUUGCUGCUCUCCCUCCUCCCUCGACCACAUGGACCUUAAGCCAUUGUUACCAUCCCAAACAACUGUAUUUCAUCUGAGAGCUGUCUUGAUUCUACCAAACACGCAUACACAAGAACAGUUUGCACAGAUUACUGUACAUGAAACACUCGCUGUUGGCAUACCUACGAAACCUACAGUACAUGUAAAUAAUAUCAAACAUUACUUUGGAUUUUGCCCUAACGCAUACAGACUGGAACCUAAUGUUCUGUUUGAUUCCUACAUGUUGGAAGUGAUUUUUGCAAUUAAAAUAAAUCUGUCAUUAUUUAGAAAUAAAUAAUUAAAUCUAAAUGAUGAAAACAUAUUUUAAAGAGGAAACGGUUAAAAAUGUGUGGUAAUAAAUACCAAAAGUGGACACCAGACAAGAGCUUCUGUUAAAAUGUUUCUUGUCAUGCUUGACCCUGUCCUUUAAGAAGAAAAAAAUCAUGAUAGAUAAGAUGUUUAUGCCUUCUGGAGGUUAUUUUCCUCUGUAUUAACUUUCACGACCUCAGCAUACUGUACUAACAGACCCCUGAAACUGAGACUGAUAUCAGUGGACCAAGUCGGUUGAAUGCACUCUGAUGGGUUUACACAUGGCACGAGUCGGAUUUGUCAUGACGCAUCUGGAUUUUAACUGCCCCAGUUUCAAUGUCCACCCGUAAGGGCUCUCAGAUUUUGUCAAACGUUCCUAAAAAGUAAGAGCUUAGGUUGAAAUGAAAAGUGUUUGUGUGGGUGAUUUUAGGACUUUGACCUCAUUUGAUUGAGGGAAUCACACAAUCUUAGAAAUAGUCAUAAAGAUUUAGACGAUACAAUGCAAAGAUGCACACAUGAGCAAAACUGAAAGAUGUCAAGUUAAAUGCACAAAGCACGGACUGUGUUUAUUUCUUAGCUGCUAGGGAAUUGAUGAUGGCUUAAUAUCUCCAUUACCUAAAUUAUCCUUUUCAUGAGCUUUAUUUAGAAAGUUAAACACUCUUCAGAACGAGCGCUGCAGGUAACAUUACAGCAUUUGGGAGUGUGACACUGAUCUUGCAGGUGUUGUCAGUUUAAAGUCUGUGUGGAUUCAGAGUGGAUGUUGAAGCUGAAAAGCCGUCUGGACUUCCAGGACAUUGUGCAGAGUGGCGAUGACGACUGGGGACAUGCCCCGCUUACAGUGUUUCUGAUGUAAAAUGCAUGGUUCCAUUUGCAAACUGAUGUAAAAGAAGAAUGGGUCUCGUGGUGUUUUGAUGCAGGUAAAGAAUGUGGAGAUGCAGGUGAUUUUUUUUCUUCUUUCUUUGGAGCAAACAAAAUAAAAUCUAGAAGUUGCUGUGAG